CUUAAAAUAUCCUUUAAAAAACAAUAUCCUCUUUGGAAGAGUUUGGUUAACAGAAAUGGUUUGAUUACAAGGUUUUGAAGCGUGAGAGUGUGGUGGUCAGAUCCUCACUCAUAAUCAUGCGAUGGGGACCAUAGCAUAUAAUGGUUGGGUUGGGAAACAAGUUUGAUGAAAUUUUCCGAAGCCAUUGCGAAAGUGUUGAUUUGGUUUCAGUUUCACCACUAACAAUGACCAAUUCCAUUCCGGGAAGCUCCGGGUAUCUGGACAUGUACCCUGAGAGGAAAGUCUCUGCCUUUAGAAACCCUUAUGUUAUGGGUCUCACUGCUGUUGCCAGCAUUGGCGGAUUGCUCUUUGGCUAUGACACAGGUGUUAUAUCAGGAGCCCUUCUUUAUAUCAAGGAUGAUUUCCCUGCCGUCAAACACAGUCAUUUUCUACAGGAAACAAUUGUUAGCAUGGCAGGGGCUGGUGCAAUUGUUGGGGCAGCAGUAGGUGGUUGGAUUAAUGAUGCAUUUGGAAGGAAGAAGGCAACCAUCAUUGCGGAUGUUAUCUUUACUCUGGGAGCAAUUGUUAUGGCUGCUGCACCAGAUCCUUAUGUUCUCAUCCUUGGCCGCGUUUUAGUUGGUUUGGGUGUGGGUAUAGCUUCUGUUACUGCACCUGUUUAUAUCGCAGAAUUGUCACCAUCAGAAAUAAGGGGAGCAUUAGUAAGCACAAAUGUGCUUAUGAUAACUGGUGGACAGUUUCUUUCUUAUCUCACAAAUCUUGCUUUUACACAGGUCCCUGGGACGUGGCGGUGGAUGCUGGGAGCUUCAGGUGUGCCAGCAGUAGUACAGUUUUUCCUCAUGCUCUUACUGCCUGAAUCCCCCAGAUGGCUCUUUAUGAAGAAUAGGAAUGAGGAAGCCGUUGCUGUGCUAGCUAAUAUCUAUGACAUAGCCCGUUUAGAGGAUGAAGUUGCUUUACUUACAACUCAGUCAGAGAACGACUGCCAUAAAAGGAAAGAUAUCAGAUAUCGGGAUGUUUUUAAAUCAAAAGAAAUUAGACUUGCAUUCCUUGCUGGAGGUGGAUUGCAGGCUUUUCAGCAAUUCACAGGCAUAAACACAGUAAUGUACUACAGCCCAACGAUUGUCCAAAUGGCGGGCUUUCACUCAAAUGAGUUGGCUAUUCUCCUCUCUCUCAUAGUUGCGGGCUUGAAUGCCACUGGAACAGUUCUCGGCAUUUACCUUAUUGACCAUGCAGGGCGGAGAAAAUUGGCUUUAUUUAGCUUAGGAGGGGUAAUAGCAUCUCUGAUAAUCUUGGCCUUGUCAUUCUUUAACCAAUCAUCUGGAAGUGGAAGUGGUUUGUAUGGAUGGCUUGCAGUUCUUGGUUUGGCCCUAUACAUUGCUUUCUUCUCCCCGGGUAUGGGACCUGUGCCUUGGACAGUUAACUCAGAGGUAUACCCUGAAGAAUACAGAGGAAUAUGUGGAGGCAUGUCUGCUACUGUGAAUUGGGUCUCAAAUCUGAUUGUGGCACAGUCCUUUCUGUCUGUUGCUGAUGCUGUAGGAACUGGUCCUACUUUCUUAAUUAUUGCUUUUAUAGCUGUGCUUGCAUUUGUGUUUGUGCUUGUCUAUGUUCCUGAAACCAAGGGAUUGACAUUUGAUGAAGUGGAGCUGUUAUGGAAGGAGAGAGCUUGGGGCAUUAAUCCUGAUGCUCAAAGUCUUCUUGAGAAUUAAAACCAAGGAGACAUGUCUAUAUGUUGUUAUGCAAUGAUUCAUGUUAUGCUGUAAAGUGAUCACAAAUUAUUGUUUUAGGCAUUGUAUAUUAGUUUGGAUGCCACAAAUUUGCACUACACCUCUUUUAUUUCAAACCAUUGCGAAUGCGGAGUGUGGUGUGUAAUGUGUUGCAACAUUGCAACGUGGACAUUGUAUUAAAAACAUAGUCUUGUAAUAUUCCAACAUAAAGAAAAGAGGGUUCUUUUCUGUUUUCUUCAAUAUGUAA